UGUCCUCCGCCUUGUUCGAGGAGUGCAACGAUGGGCGCUCUCAAUCUCCUCGUCAUCGCCGGCAUCCGACUCGCGCUUUUUGCGGGGUGUCGUCUGACGCUGUUGCCGUUGCUGCUGGGAGAGGCGCGGCAUGCCUCGCUCGACGAAGGCGCGAGCGAUGCCAUCGAGCUUGGUGAGCUGCCCCGGCCGGCGACAACAACAACACGCUCGCCCUCUUCAGCGCGCUUCUCGGGCUCUGCUUCUGCAUCAUCAUCGCCGAGGGACCUACUCAACACCGUGACAGAAUCGCUCAAGGACCCGCACCAGGCCUCGAGCCAUGUCUUCUCGCUCUGCUUUGAAGAGUCGGCCAUCCUUUUCGCUCUCGUCCUCCUCGAGGCCAUGGGCACCGUCCCGCACGAGCUCCUCGAAAAGAACUGGACCUUUUCGCUCAUCGGCGUCGUGGCCUUGGCCGUGCUUCUGAUCCCACUGGGCAUCUGCCUCCUCGUCACCUUUCGGUUCGACAGCGCAUCUCCCAUCCUCAAGCGGGCCCUCUGGGCGCUCAUCCCCUUCGUUCUCUGGUUCAUCCUCUUUCUUCGCGUCCCGCUGCCUCCGGCCACGGCGGGUAACAGCCCCCUGCUCGAUGGUGCCCUCUCUCGCACGGCACUGCUCGGUGUGGUGUUGAUUGCGCUUCUCUCCGGCUCUGGUGCGACGAGCGCUGCAUGGGAUACGUACGAGGCCUUCUUUGCCAAGCGCAAGCCCAAGGUGGUCACGGCGUCAGAGCUUAGAGACUCAGAGGAAUCCUUCAGACGGACAUGCGCCGAUCUGGGAUCGCGCCGGAGAGCCCUCGAGGCACUCAAGAGUGCGCCGCCCAGCGAAGCCGAGCGGCAGCAGCAGGCAGGGUUCUUCUCGAGAAUGUGGGCAGGGAGCCAGCGAGGCAAGGAGAUCAAGGCCCUCUCGCAGGAGAUCAACGGCCUCGAGAUCCUGGCCUCUGCGAUGCGCGAUGACCUCGACUCGCUCCGGACGCGGCACCGCCAGGCACUGUGGAGCAAGACGAUCCAGGGCAGGCUCCUUCUCGGUGCCGGCCACCUAUUCAGCAUCUACUGCGUCUGGAGGGUCCUCCUCGCCGCCCUGAGCCUCGUCAUUCUCGGCUACCGGGACCAGGCGCCCCCGGACUUUGUGUCGCUGAGCCUGGCCCACAUUGUCCGGCUAUUCAACGUCGACAUUGACCUCGACGCAUGGGCGAGGAUUUUUGGCCUGCUCUUUGUAGGCGCCCUGAUCCUCGUCCGCAUGCGCGUCGUACUGGCCAAUCUGUCCACUUUCUUUCGAGCCGCCUCGGCAGGCAUCAGCACCAGCUUCCUCGUCCUCUUCCUCUCCGAGGUCCUCACAAUCUACCUCCUCGCGACGCUCAUCCAACUCCGAGCCUCGCUGCCGUCUGCCCUCUCGGGCACACCCGACGACAUCUCUGCCGCCUCUUCAUCUCCCCUGGGCACAGACUCAUCUAGCCCAGACAAGGGCCCUGCACCGCUCCUGGCGAGCCUGCCCUCGUACAAUGUCUCCUUUGGCGCUCUCUUUGACGCCUCUUUUCUCCUCGCCGCCCUCGCCACCGCCCUGGCCAGAUGGUUCAUGGCCAGGGAGGAGGACGAUCGGGCCAACUGGGGCCUCUGAUGCUGGCCGUGUACUUGUACAACUAGAAGGAAGACGCACUUUACAUUUUGCAUACUUGAUU